CCACGGCGCGCGCCGUCCUCCUCACGCCUGUCUCUUUCCCGGUCCCCGCCCGCGCCAGGUGACUCGCAGCGCGGAAGCCAUGGUUCAUCAGGUGCUCUACCGGGCGCUGGUCUCCACCAAGUGGCUGGCGGAGUCCGUGCGGACUGGCAAGCUGGGGCCUGGCCUGCGGGUGCUGGACGCCUCCUGGUACUCCCCGGGCACCCGCGAGGCCCGCAAGGAGUACCUGGAGCGCCACGUGCCCGGCGCCUCCUUCUUCGACAUCGAGGAGUGCCGGGACACAGCGUCGCCCUACGAGAUGAUGCUGCCCAGCGAGGCGGGCUUCGCCGACUACGUGGGCCGCCUGGGCAUCAGCAACGACACGCACGUGGUGGUGUAUGACGGGGACAGCCUGGGCAGCUUCUAUGCCCCGCGGGUCUGGUGGAUGUUCCGUGUGUUUGGCCACCGCACGGUGUCCGUGCUCAAUGGGGGCUUCCGGAACUGGCUGAAGGAGGGCCACCCCGUGACGUCCGAACCCUCACGCCCAGAGCCAGCCAUCUUCAAAGCCACACUGGACGGCUCCCUGCUCAAGACCUAUGAGCAGGUGCUGGAUAACCUCAAGUCUAAGAGGUUCCAGCUGGUGGAUGCACGGUCCCCAGGGCGGUACCUGGGCACUGAGCCGGAGCCGGAUGCAGUAGGGCUGGACUCUGGCCACAUCCGUGGCUCUCUCAACAUGCCGUUCGUGAACUUCCUGACGGAGGACGGCUUUGAGAAGAGCCCUGAAGAGCUCCGGGCCCUUUUCCAGGCCAAGAAGGUGGAUCUCACACAGCCCCUCAUUGCCACGUGCCGCAAGGGGGUCACUGCCUGCCACGUGGCCCUGGCCGCCUACCUCUGUGGAAAGCCUGAUGUGGCUGUGUACGACGGCUCCUGGGGCGAGUGGUUCCGCCGGGCACCCCCAGAGACCUGCGUGUCCCAGGGGAAGGGUGGGAAGGCCUGAGUCGUGACCUCCCCCCGACCAUGCCUCCAGCCACUUAGCGACCUGUGACCUGCAACUGGCUCACACCUCCCAGGCGAAGGAACUUGACAUGUUUUAGAAUCAGUGAGCAGAGCCCACCCUUUCCCUGUCAACACUGGAAUAAACGCUGCCUUUUCUGAGUA